GAUCACGAUAUACCAGGUCAACGCGGGUCAAUUCAACCCCUGGCCCGAUUGAGCGCAGGCCUCCUCACCGUCCACCAGUCCACCUCGCCGCCGCCGCCGCCGCCGCUGUGCUUUCCUCCGCCUCCUCUCCCGCGCCGCCGCCGCUCGCACGCUCCUUUCUAUCCCUGGAGGGCGACGGCUCGGAUCCCUCCUCCAGGCACCAGCGUGGCCGCCCCAUCUCGACUGCCUCCGCCUGAAUACCCCCCUGCCCCAUAAGGCCUGGCCUUGAAGGCCACUCGCCUCUUGAUUCCGGCGGCGGCGGUGGAGAGGGAGGGGCGAUGCCGAAGCGGACGACGCACACGUACUCGAGCGAGGACGCGCUGCCGGAGGGCCCCGAGUCUGACCUCUUCGUCUACUACUGCAAGCACUGCGCCUCCCACGUCCUCAUCACCGACACCCAAUUGCAGAAAAUGCCCAAGCGAAAGACUGACAGAGCACAUGUUUUAGACAAGACUAAGCAUCUCUCAAGGCUAAAUGUGAAGGAGUCGGGAAAAGUAAUGUUGAAACGUGGUGAAGGAAAGCUUGAAAAGCAGUUCCGCAUGAGCUGUUUAGGAUGUGACCUUUUUGUUUGUUACCGAUCAGAAGAGGAUCUGGAGCACGCCCCUUUUAUAUAUGUUGUUGAUGGAGCACUGAGUUCAGUUGCAGCUGAGACAAAUCCACAUGAUGCUCCUGUACCCCCUUGCAUCACACAACUGGAAGGUGGACUUGUCCAAGUAGCCAUUGAAGUGGAAGACCGGGCACAGCGUUCAGCAAUAACAAGAGUGAAUGCUGAUGAUGUUCGAGUAACAGUAGCUGCCCCUGCUGCACGAGGGGAAGCGAACAGUGAGUUGCUAGAAUUUAUGGGCAAGGUUCUUGGCCUAAGAUUGACUCAGAUGACUCUUCAAAGAGGAUGGAAUAAUAAAUCAAAGCUUCUGAUUGUCGAGGAUUUGUCUGCACGGCAGGUGUACGAGAAGCUCCUAGAAGCUGUACAGCCUUAGGAAACUGACCAAUGUGUCAUGCGUUUGGAUAUUUCUCUUUUGAUGGCACAAGAGAAAGUUCCCACUCAUUGCGCGACAGAAGAGCAGAACGUACGUGCUGAAACUAUGUUGAAAACACCGCUGAAGUACAACUAGACCGGAGCCAAUCUGGACAGUAUCCCAUUUCCCAUUCAUUGUUUCUGUUGCACCUUCUCUGUUGGUUAUUUCCUUAAUUGUGAUGCAAAGUGCUUUGCGUGUUGUAAAGAUUGCUGCACGAUAUUGACUGUUGCGUCUGAUGAGCUUGUGGAUGAUUUCUGCUAA